UUGGGUCGCUGCCACAGCCUCGGUUCUCCUGAGCAGGGAGCGACGCGGGCUGGUGGCAUCUCCCAGGCAGCGGGCGCUGGAGAUGGGAAGCAGCGCGGCAGCGGGCCCUGGCAGUGACAAAGUUUCCCAGAACUGCAGGUCGCAUCGCGCCACUGCCGGCCACCCCUGACUGCCUAGGGAAAGACUAGGGGAUUUUGAAUUUGGGGGGAAAAACACCACCACCAACAAACAAACCCACCUCGUUUCCUUUGUGGAGCUCUUUCUCAGGGUGGCCAGCGGCGGGAGCUGCAAACUUCGGCACCGCGGCUCGCACUGUCAGGGGACCCAUCUUUGGAGAUCCUCAAGACUUGGGUGCUGGCGCCCCAGAGGCCCCAGGCGUACCAAGGGGUGUGAGCGCGGGGGAGUUUGGGGCGCGCAGCAAGGAGGGGCCCCGGGAGCUCUAUAUGGAGGAGGGACCCCAGAAUGGUGUGUACCAGGAAGACCAAAACUUUGGUGUCCACUUGCGUGAUCCUGAGCGGUAUGACCAACAUCAUCUGCCUGCUGUACGUGGGCUGGGUUACCAACUACAUCGCCAGCGUGUAUGUGCGGGGGCAGGAGCCAGCGCCCGACAAGAAGCUUGAGGAAGAUAAAGGGGACACCCUGAAAAUUAUCGAGCGGCUGGACCACUUGGAGAAUGUCAUCAAACAACACAUCCAAGAGGCCCCUGCCAAGCCUGAAGAGGCAGAGACUGAGCCCUUCACAGACUCGUCCCUGUUUGCACACUGGGGUCAGGAGCUCAGCCCCGAAGGCCGGCGUGUGGCCCUGAAGCAGUUCCAGUACUACGGUUACAACGCCUACCUCAGUGACCGGCUGCCCCUGGACCGGCCCCUGCCAGACCUCAGACCCAGUGGGUGCCGCAACCUCUCAUUCCCUGACAGCCUACCAGAGGUGAGCAUCGUGUUCAUCUUCGUCAAUGAGGCGCUCUCGGUGCUGCUGCGUUCCAUCCACUCGGCCAUGGAGCGCACACCACCACACCUGCUCAAGGAGAUCAUCCUGGUGGAUGACAACAGCAGCAAUGAGGAGCUCAAAGAGAAGCUGACCGAGUACGUGGACAAGGUGAAUGGCCAGAAGCCAGGCUUCAUCAAAGUCGUGCGCCACAGCAAGCAGGAAGGCCUCAUCCGCUCCAGGGUCAGCGGCUGGAGGGCAGCCACGGCCCCUGUGGUGGCGCUGUUCGAUGCCCACGUGGAGUUCAAUGUGGGCUGGGCGGAACCAGUCCUCACCCGCAUCAAGGAAAAUCGGAAACGGAUCAUCUCGCCAUCUUUCGAUAACAUCAAAUAUGACAACUUUGAGAUAGAAGAGUACCCACUGGCCGCCCAAGGCUUUGACUGGGAGCUGUGGUGCCGCUACCUGAACCCACCCAAGGCCUGGUGGAAGCUGGAGAACUCCACAGCCCCCAUCAGGAGCCCCGCCCUCAUUGGCUGUUUCAUUGUGGACCGGCAGUACUUCCAGGAGAUUGGCCUGCUGGACGAAGGCAUGGAGGUCUAUGGAGGCGAGAAUGUGGAGCUUGGCAUCAGGGUGUGGCAGUGCGGUGGGAGUGUGGAGGUGCUGCCCUGCUCCAGGAUUGCCCACAUCGAGCGAGCCCACAAGCCCUACACAGAGGACCUCACUGCUCAUGUCCGCAGAAACGCCCUCAGGGUGGCUGAAGUCUGGAUGGAUGAAUUCAAAAGCCAUGUCUACAUGGCAUGGAACAUACCCCAAGAGGACUCAGGGAUUGACAUUGGGGACAUCACCGCACGGAAGGCUCUGAGGAAGCAGCUUCAGUGUAAAACCUUCAGGUGGUACCUGGUCAGCGUGUACCCGGAGAUGAGGAUGUACUCGGACAUCAUCGCCUACGGAGUGCUACAGAAUUCCCUGAAGACUGAUUUGUGUCUUGAUCAGGGGCCAGAUACAGAGAACGUCCCCAUCGUGUACAUCUGCCAUGGGAUGACACCCCAGAAUGUGUACUACACAAGCAGCCAGCAGAUCCACGUGGGGGUCCUGAGCCCCACUGUAGAUGACGACGACAACCGCUGUCUGGUGGACGUCAACAGCCGGCCCCGGCUCAUCGAGUGCAGCUACGCCAAGGCCAAGAGGAUGAAGCUGCACUGGCAGUUCUCUCAGGGAGGCUCCAUCCAGAACCGCAAGUCCAAGCGCUGCCUGGAGCUUCAAGAAAACAGUGACAUGGAGUUUGGUUUUCAGCUGGUGCUGCAAAAGUGCUCGGGACAACACUGGACUAUCACCAAUGUCCUGAGGAGCCUGGUGUCCUGACCCUCCGGUGACACCACCAGCCACUGCCUUGCUACUGUGUAGCAUCAGCUGUAACAUCGCCUGCUGUCACGUGGGGUUGUCUGGCAUCUGAGACGGGGAGCCAGGUGGGUGGCCUCCCCCACAAAAGAGCUUUUUAUUUCCUACUCAAUUUUCAUGGAGUUUAUAGAUAGACGCAGAGAGGUGGGUGAGGGUAUAAUAUCCUGAACUAUUUUACAAUUGUAAAUAUGGGACAAAUGGAAACUAUUUAUAACUGGCAAUAAAAUACGAUUGAUUAAGAAA